AUGGUCCGCUUGGCCGGCUACAUAGGUAUCUGUGCCAGGGGCGAUGUAGAUAGUUCGGAGUAUAUCGUGGGUUACCCAUCGGACGAGGGGUUUAGAAGUGUAUCCAAGUAG